CGGAGCCAUUUUGGUGAGGGUCACUCCCGUUAACCCACUCUUUCACGACGGUCUCCGUGCAAAUGGCGGACUCCGUUCUGCUCUGAGCACACACCGUGAGACACGUUUCGCGCUCUGCUCUCCCCGGAGAGUUUAGAGCUCUAUCGAGGAAGUCGCACCUGUGACGUGUGGCCGUGUGAGGCUGGGGAGGCAGAGCUCGGGGUAACUGGAGAGCAGGCCGAGGCCGGGGAGGUGAGUUACUGGGGGACCUCACAGCACGCUCAGCCAGCAGCUCUGUGCCUCCCAUGGGGGCCACGGGGACCUGAUACUAACUCACAGCACGCUCAGCCAGCAGCUCUGUGCCUCCCAUGGGGGCCACGGGGACCUGAUACUAACUCACAGCACGCUCAGCCAGCAGCUCUGCGCCUCCCAUGGGGGCCACGGGGACCUGAUACUAACUCACAGCACGCUCAGCCAGCAGCUCUGUGCCUCCCAUGGGGUCAUUAGGGACAUGGUCAUUAUAUGUAUUGUUACUGGAACUCACACAUCCUUAUACUAACUCACAGCACGCUCAGCCAGCUUCCACAUCAGCUGCAGGGGUAAAACCUAGCCAGCAGUGUCCAGGCUGGGCACAGUGGGAAAUUUUCACCCCAUUAUAUUUGGAAUAUAUAGACCCUAUUAAAUUUUUUUAUAUAUAUAUAUAUAUAUAGAGAGAGAGAGAGACAUCAUUAAUAUGUGGUUCGGUGUUUAGUAAAUAAACCAUAAAGGCUUUAUAAUGUAAAGUAGCCUAUAACUACACAAAAAAGCCUCCACAUUAUAAAGUUUCUUAGAAAUGUUUGUGUCAAGUGGGGAUUAAUAAUAAUUAGAUUUGUUCUCAUGGUUGGUGACACUUAGGCGUUGAUUGUUGUUAUUAUGUUUGUUUAUAUCAUGAAAAAUGGGCUCUAUAUCAUCUAACUAAGCUGUGUAAUAAUAUGUGUAGAAUUGAAUUUUGGCUUCUUGUAUCCACUGUUUACUGCUUGCUUGACUUGCUUAGUUUUCUCUUAAUCAGCAUUUAUUCACUUUUUGUUGACAGUUGAGUGAAAGAUGACAACCGCGGCCAGGCCAACAUUUGAGCCCGCAAGAGGAGGUAGGGGAAAAGGUGAAGGGGAUUUAAGUCAGCUCUCUAAACAGUACUCUAGCAGAGACCUUCCUUCUCAUACAAAGAUCAAAUAUAGGUAAAUAACCCAAAUGUACUACAUUCCUCUAAAUUCAACACUACAAGCUCUUGCAUGAUUGCAUGCAUUAUAUAUUAUUUUUCAGAAUAUCAAAUUUAAAUUAUUUUUAUUUAAACUAGGUAUUUAAGUUUUCAGUGCCCCCCACUUUUGCUUUAGUAUUGGUUUAAAUUAUUAUAUUGAUAUGAAGCUGUGUAUACAUCAGUAAAGGUUUGUCCUAAUUUUAUUUAAGUAAAUUAUUACCUCAAUAUAGUUAAAUAUUUGCUUUUCAUCCCUGAAGGAUGUUUUUUUGCGUAUAUUGUGGGGUGCAGAAGGCCUUGGUUGGCAGUUUGCUGCUGUUAAUGCAUGUUCCCAAUUUAUUGAUUAACCCAUGUCAAGUUUGCAUGCUACUACUUAAUAAUUGAAUCAUAGGCAAUAGUGUUUGUAUAUAAAAAAAUAUUAUGGAGACCUCACUAUACCAGUUGCAAAAGGAAAUACACUUUUACACACCUUAGAUACAUUUUGUAUAGGAAUCCUUCAUCAAGACUGGCUUGGCAGUGUGUCUUUACAAGACACCUUCAACAAUAAUGUUGUGUUGUAAUGUCACAUGCAUUUGAUGCACUUUAUAGAAGAUUAGGGCAUCUGAAAGGUGAUCUAUAAUUUGUUGAUACAAAGUUAGACACCACUUAGGGAGAUGAAGGGCAUUACACGGACUAGGUCCCGACGGCAGCCAUCCCUGGUUCAUUGUACCCUACCUGACUCCCGAGAACAGCAGAACACACUGCUUGAGACACUGGACUCAAGCUGAUGAUACCUGACACACGAUGCCAGAGGGGUUGUUGGGGUUCCCAACUUGCUGGCUCCCCUGCCUAAGCCCCACAGUAAAUAAACAGAUUGUACAGCAAAUGCUAAUGUAAAUCAUUAUGGUGAUGUGGUAUAUGCACCUGCACCGCAGACCAACCUUAAUAAACUUACUACCUUGUAAAACUUGUUCUGUCGCUUUCUGCUACAAUGUAAUGAUAUGACCCACCAUUGUGACAUGUUAAAAGAGCUAAACUGGCUAUUGCUCGAAUCCAGACGCACACUUCAUCUUUCCUGCCUUGUGUUUAAGAGAUUUUCUGGGAAGCUUUCAGCCUACAUGAGCAGAAUGAUCUUAGAAUCCCCAGCUGUUCCCACCUCCUAUAACCUGUGAUCAAGUACCAGGACUUUAUUUAGUCUACCUCAAUACAAAAAGAAAGCUGCUCAAUCCUCAUUUUCCUACAGAGCACCGCAAUUAUAGAAUAACCUCCUGCACACUUUCAAAUCUUCCCCCAGCCUAAAAUCCUUUAAGAGAUCCCUCUCUACAUUUCAAAACAGAAUUUACCUGUUCUAUGUUAAAUUUUGUAUCUGUUAAUUCUGGGCUUGAUAGAUUUGUUUGGAAUCUAGGAGUCAUCUAAAAAAGUUAGGGGCCAGUCAUUUUCAAUGAGAAAAUGCAGUUUUUAAAGGGACACUAUAGUCACCAGAUUCACUACAGCUUGAUGUAGUUGUUCUUGUGUCUAUAGCCUGUCCCUGCAGGCUUUUCAGUGUAAACUCAAAAAGGCAGUGUUUACAUAGCUGCUUAGUAACACCUCUAGUGACAGUCACUCAGACUGCCACUAGAGAGUCCUGGGCCACUGCUCUGCAUGGAGGCACUGAAUGUUCCUCAUAGAGAUUCAUUAAUUUAAUGCAUCUCUAUGAGGAUAUUCAGAUUGGUACAUUUGCUGCGCAUGCACAAAAUCCUCACAAUGCUUUCCAUUGGCUUAGCUUAGAUAAAGAUUGAUAAUCUCCACCAUGACGAAACUGGCAUGGCGUGGGAAAAUGGGGGUCAAAAAGGUGAGUAAAAACACCAUCCUCAUGCGAAUGGAGCGGACAGGUACCUAAACGCGCUCACAAGCACACACAAACUCUGACAGGCUUGCUCAAACACACACACACACACACUCUGACAGGCUUGCUCACGCUCACGCACAUACGCUCUGGACAGGCUCGCUCACGCACAAACUGACAGACUCACUCACACACACUCACAUUUGUUUUAAUUGAAAACCACUCAGCCUCCCUACCUUUGGGAGAGCUGAGUGGAUCUUUCCCUGGGGUCCAGUGGGGCUGCGCUCCACGUGCGAGGGAGCAAUAAUCUACUUGCAGCUCCUCUCUGCUCACUCGCGUUCUCUGUAGUGAUGCGGGGGGCUGGAGGGAAGUCAUAUUCCAGCUCCCGACAUCAUUAGACAGCGCGAGAGAGGAGCUGCAGGCAGAGUACUGCUCCCUCGCGCGCCACCCACAAUGCUCCCGCGGGCAGGCGGCUCCAUGCUACCCAGGGUGGCCGGCUCCAAUAUUCCCUGUGAUGGCCACCGUCAAAGCUCCUUCGGCGGCCACAUUAACUUGAGAGCUGGCAAAUUCCAGGCGCCAGGGCGAAAUUUUUAGUCCUGAGAUUUGUCUGGCCCUGUGUUAAUUAAUAUUAGUAUUAAUAUUGUUUUUGUAUUUUUACUAUUUUAUUGUAACAAUGCAAUGUUUGUGAACCCAGGACAUACUUAAAAUUAGAGAAAUCUCAAUGUAUCCUUCCUGGUAAAAUAUUUAAUAAUUAAAUAGGUAUAUUUCUGAAUAUUAUUCUAUUUUGUGGUAAGUAAUUGUGAACUGUAAUAAAGUAAAUGUUCUAUAUGUUUCUGCAUUAUCUACUCUUGAGUGAAUGUUCAAUAUGUACUAAUAAUCUACUGCCUUCAUUCAAUUCUCUCUUCUUUCUCCCUCACUGCAUCUCAUUUGUGUACUUUGUGCCUCCCUAGCCCCUCUUCUUUCUUUAUAUUCCUCCUUUUCUGUUGCUUUUCUGUGCUACAUUGUGUUUUUUAUGAUGCUCUUUGAAUGGGUAGAGUUAUAAUUUCUUCAAAAAUGAAAUGGAUUUCUAAAUGGAUUUGUAGACAAACAACACAGGAUGCCCCCGAGGAAGUGAGAAGCCGUGACUUCAGAAGGGAAUUAGAGGAGAGGGAGCGUGUUACUGUAAGAGAGAAGAACAGAGACCGAACAGCGAGGAGCGGUAUGAGUUUAAUUGAUCUUUUAGAAACAGAAUGUGGCUCACUUUUUCAGAGAGCUGCUUAUCUAAUCCAGAGGUUUAUGGUAUAGCCUUAAAUUGUUACUUUUGGUUAGCAAAGAAUAUUUUAAUAGAAAUGUUUUAAUUUUUCAGCCAAUAGGUUAACACACUUUUUCUCCUACCUCUUCCAGAACAUACCUCUUCUAUAUCCAAGAAACCUCGUCUAGACCAGAUUCCAGCUGCAAACCUUGAUGCAGAUGAUCCUCUCACAGAUGUAUGUUUGCGUUUCCCUUUAUCCCAUCAGAUUUGUAUGUGUGCAUUGUGUCACAUUUCCGCAAUAACCUAAUAUAGUGUGCAGAAACCCUGAAGUUUGCAAACUUCUUUUGGAGGUCAGGACUCAAAAUUUCAAAUAGCCAUUGACAAGUAGAAAUUCACUGCCUGGUGAUUGCGUCAUGGAUCCACGCUUGCAGUGGCGAGUAACUUUAAAGACCUGGCCAGAAACACAGGACUUGAUCAUUUAAGCCCUGGUGUAGGUGCUAAUAACUGCUUUUCCAGCUCACGUAUUGGGGAUAGUAAUUCACUAAGGAUUGGUGUGACUGAAUUUAACUGGACCAAAGAUGGAAUAUUCCUAUCACAAUAACCCAGCCUUUAAAGAUCAUUUAGUGUUCGUUCCACACUAGCAUAUGGUCCUUAAGAUGUUAUGAUUUUUGUUCUUUAAAAGAAGUAAUUUCCUUAAUUUUAGCAUAAUUUAAUGGCAAAGUAAAUGUUGCCUAUGGAAUAUGUAAAUUUUUUUAUUUUUUAUUCUACAACACCCUAAAGACUUAUAUUUUUAGUUAUUUUUUGAUUGUGUGGUCAAACCGGUCUGUAGUAAACUCAGCUUCUGGUAUCUAUUUAUUGUCAUAUGGCUGUGAAUCUCAACCAUGUAAGGUCCGACCUGCUGACUAUUGACAGAAUAUUGUAUUGCCGCAAUCCUUUGCUAGUAAAAUCAGGUUCUUAAUACACUGUACAGUUGAUGGGUGUGCGGCAUGGGCUGGAAGGUAGGAUCGAAAGCCGAACGUAUUAUGAUAAUGACCCUUUACACUGUCUGUUUUCUCCUCAGGAGGAGGAAGAUGAUGACUCCGAUGAAGAUAGUGAUGAUGACACUGCUGCUCUCCUGGCGGAGCUGGAAAAAAUAAAAAAGGAACGUGCAGAAGAGCAAGCCCGGAAGGUAAUGACUGCUUUAUUAAGCCAUGCUAAGCAUGCCAAUGACCCCCACUGCCUUUGAGUAGUUUAUCAAUACUGGCUGCUUAGCUGAUGUCUGAGGUCCUCAGAAAUUGUAUUAAACAAUAGAGCAGGGCACUGGUAGUUUAAACAUCUGUAGAGAUUGUAAAAAUGACAUGUCAGCUUCCAACUCAUCAAACUUUGUGCAGUGGGUACGUUAUAUUUUGCAACUUGCAUUCGUCCCAGGAAGGCAGUUAUAUGUGUCUGGAAACUCAUGCUGACUCCAGACCCCAUGAGCACAUCAAAUGACCACUUCAGUGAUCUGAUGUGCUUUUGGUGCCUGGAGUCUGUAUGUGCUAUAAAACGCUGCACAUAUAGAGCCUGGCACUCUGGUUUCUUUGCUCAAAAGGUCCGUCAUUGUUCAGUUGACCCUCUCAGCCAGUGAAUUGCGAUGACUGUGGCUUCUCCAGCUCUGCAGAAAAUAGAAUUGCAUCAUCGAACCACAAAGGAGCAUCCUAUUACCUCACACUGGAGGCUGUUAAGAGAAAUGUCUUUUUUUUACAUUAGCUGGUAUUUAUCAGGUCUGAGCAGAGAUACAAUUCAUACAACAAGUACUUACUAAAUGUUUUAUUGGUACCGAAAACACUUUAAACUUGAACAGUGACUGCCAGGUGAAGGGUGGCUACGGCUGCAGAAAUAGCCAGCUAACUCAAAGAUGGUAGAUAUUUCAGCUUAGACUGUUCCUUUUACAGCAUUUUCUGCUCAAAUUACUAGGAUUGAUGAUGGGACAUUGUCAGUGGCAUAGUCUCUGGACUGUUAUGUAUCUCUUUUUGGUGCUGGAGUUAAUAACGCUGAGCUUCUGGCAGUAGUAGUCCAUGUAUUAUUAUACUACGUUCGUAUAGUGUUGCUUGCUCCUGUAGGGGGCACUGUUGCAUCCCAGGAAAAGUGUUUAAUUUAUUUUAUUAUCAGAGUGCUGUCCUGUUUCCCAUCUGUGAUUUAUUGUUCUUUUCCAUAACUUAGGGAAGACAAACACUAUAGAAAUAAUAAACAAAGUGUUGCUUCUCCAUUUAAUUAUCCUCUUGUAAAAGCUUGGGUGUUGGGUCACCAGCAAUCAGUUUUUCUGGUACACAAAGUAUUCAUCUAAUUCAGAGGCAAUAUUUUGUCUUAAUGCUUAAUAUGACAGUUUGAAUCUCUAUUGCACCAGGUGUUGGCAGAUAUCUGUUCCAGCUGUAUUUACAUUUCACUUGGCCACUGAAAGUAAAUCUAGGCUAUGAGAUGGUCUCCAUAUCUUCAUGCUAGUGGAUUUUGAGAUUACAUCAAAUUCAAAGUGUAUUUUGUAAACAGACACUAGCCGGAUCAGUCAUUGGUUCACAUUUUAGCAGAUACCCCUAUGCCAACAAGUAUAGUGCAUGGACAGCAGAUGCAGUAUAUGUUCACGCAUUCGUACGCUUCAACAAUGGGUGUAUGCAAGGUUUAUGCAAUACUAUAUAGAUUGGCUUUUAUAAUAUAACUGAAUAGAACUGCUAUCCACAGUUGUUGCCCAACAUGUAGAAAUGACCCCAAUGUCAAUAUAUUAGUAUUACUCAUAUUGGAGCCUUUUCUGUAUCCAAAUUGAAAAAUUCUUUAAAUUUGAGGCUCUACGGGUCCUAGAACAUCGUAGCAGGCUUGCAGGCUCAGUUGGCACUUUUAUAAAAUACUUCUAUUAACGUUAGCAGUGUAUCCAUUGCAAUGUCAGCACUAUUUUUUAAAUCUUUUAAAGACUAUAUGUAGGUCAGGGUGAAUGGCACAUGCUAUCUGUGGGUUCAUUCACUUUCAUUUACAGAAAUUUGCACAGAAGUAUCAGCCUUAUGCACCUGCUUAAUUAUGUAUAGUGUUACUGCAAAGAGAAUCAAUAAUCAAAGAGCGCAAACAAUUUCUCUCUGACAAAUCUGUGCUUUGAUAGCUGCGCGUUGGAUGAUAGAAGGCUCGGCUGGAAGGGAGCCAUCUGUAUUGAGCCGCUUGUUUUUGGCUUCAGGAAAUUAAUUCCUAAUUCUGUUUAGUAUACGAUAUGGUUUUGAACUUGAAGCAUCACAAAUGGUAAUAUUCUCUAAUGUGAUAUGGUGCAGGGCUAAACUGCCCGCUCUCCAGGCACCCUCAGAAGAAAGGCCUCUAGCCAGCAUGGAGACAGUCUAACACUCUGCCGUUAUUAACAGGAACUGGAGCAAAAAGCUGAAGAAGAACGUAUUAGAAUGGAGAACAUUCUGAGUGGGAACCCUCUGCUGAACCUCACAGGCCCUGUACAGGCGCAAGCAAGUUUUAAAGUAAAACGGAGGUAAUUCAUCUGCAUAUAAAACUGUGUGUGUAUCAUCAUUAGCUUUGCAAAUGGAUCUCUAAGUCAUAAACCCAUGUUGCUGAAAAUAAAACUAGCACAAUUCACUAGCUGUCUGCAAUGACAGACAUACAGUUGUAAUCAAAAUUAGUCAACCUCCGUUGAAAAUCAUGUUUACUGUAAAAAUUUACAGACCUUUAGCUGUUUACAACUGAAAUAACUCAACACAACAAAUGCUUUAAGUGGUUUCCCCAAAUUCAACUGACGGUGCAACUUAAUGACUUCUGCAGUCUCAAAAUGAUUCAACCCAUUGAAUAGAAUCCCUCACAACAGCACAAAUAUGUAAAACAGGUGUUGUCUCAAGCACACCUGAUGCAACUAAUCAAGAACUCAGUCCUUGGGAUUCUGUUUUGUAAAGCGAUGAAACAAAACUGGAACUUUUUGGCCCAAUGGAUCAGCAAUACGUCUGGAGAAAGUAGAAUGAAGCAUAUGUUGAAAAGACAUUCUUCCUACAGUUAAGCAUGGUGGUAGCUCGGUGAUGCUCUGGGGCUGCUUUGCAUCCUCUGGCACUGGAAACCUGAAGCAAGAUGGAUUCAUUGAAGUAUCAGGACAUCCUAGAAGAAAACGUCAUGCUGUCGGCAAGGAAGCUGAAGCUCUGGCGUCAUUGGACAUUCCAAUAAGACAUUGAUCCCAAGCAAACCUCAAAAUUCCACCAAGGCAUGGUUGCAGAAGAAGUCCUUAACAACUGUACAAUGGCCAUCAGUCAUCUGACUUGAACCCCAUAGAAAAGAAGGCGGAUGCAGCUCGCAAACCCAAGAAUAUUACUGAACUGGAGGCUAUUGCUAAUGAGCAGUGGGCUAAGAUUCCCCAAACGCUGCCAGAAGCUGGUAUCUGACUAUUCAUCUUGUUUGCAGCAGGUCAUAACAGCAAAAUGUCCUCCAACAAAGUACUAAAUAUUUUCACAACUUGGACUGGAGAAGUCAUUAUAAGUAGCGUUUUUAGUAGAAUUUUGUGAAACCACUUGAAGCAUUUGUUGUGUUGAGUUCUUUUAAUUGGUUUUGUUUGAUUUGUUUAUUGCAAAGAGCUGAAAGUCUGUAGAUGUUGAUAAUAAGUAAAAACAAAGAAAACGUUACCGGCGCUCUGGCCUAAAUCCCCAUGUGCGUUUAAACAGAAAUGGAGGCUCUUUGGUUUUAUUCUAAUGGCCAUUUGUAAGCUCACCUGCCACGUCAAGGCAAGCCUCAAUAGGUGAGAUCCUACACUAGCCAUUAGAUAUGCCGAUAUCAGCCAUGAGUCUCCAAUGAGCCAGGAAGGGGUAUUUUAUAAACCCUUUAACAUUUAACCCUUUAUAGGGCUUCUGCACAUACAAUAAACUUUGCUGAUAUCAGACAAAGUGAGACAAAAAGGGGUGUUUUAUAAACCCUUUAACAUUUAACCUUUUAUAGGGCUUCUACACAUUCAAUAAACUUUGCUGAUAUCAGACAAAGUGAGACAGGAAGGGGUGUUUUAUAAACCCUUUAACAUUUAACCCUUUAUAGGGCUUCUACACAUUCAAUAAACUUUGCUGGUAUCAGACAAAGUAUAGACGUCUCUAAUGAGACAUGAAAGGGUGUUUUAUAAACCCCUACAUACUUUACCCUAAAUAGGGCUAUAACAUACAAAUCACCUUGCUGGUAUCAGCUAAAAGGCAAAUUUCUCUGAUGAGACAGGAAGGGGUGCUGCCCCUACAUACUUAUAAAGUCUUAAUAAGACAAACGUGGGAAGGCUGGCAGCAAUGUAACAUAGCUGAGUGAUACAAAAUUCAUAUACAAACACAAAGAUAAAGCACUGCGCUUACAGCAGCAGUGGCUUAGUAUCCAACAGCUUAAAAUACAUAGUAAAAACAAAGAAAACGUUACCUGCGCUCUGGCCUAAAUCCCCAUGUGCGUUUAAACAGAAAUGGAGGCUCUUUGGUUUUAUUCUAAUGGCCAUUUGAAUAUGUAAGCUCACCUGCCACGUCAAGGCAAGCCUCAAUAGGUGAGUUCCUACACUAGCCAUUAGAUAUGCCGAUAUCAGUCAUGAGUCUCCAAUGAGACAGGAAGGGGUAUUUUAUAAACCCUUUAACAUUUAACCCUUUAUAGGGCUUCUGCACAUACAAUAAACUUUGCUGAUAUCAGACAAAGUGAGACAAAAAGGGGUGUUUUAUAAACCCUUUAACAUUUAACCCUUUAUAGGGCUUCUACGCAUACAAUAAACUUUGCUGAUAUCAGGGUGUUUUAUAAACCCCUACAUACUUUACGUUAUAGCCCUAUUUAGGGUAAAGUAUGUAGGGGUUUAUAAAACACCCUUUCAUGUCUCAUUAGAGACGUCUAUACUUUGUCUGAUACCAGCAAAGUUUAUUGAAUGUGUAGAAGCCCUAUAAAGGGUUAAAUGUUAAAGGGUUUAUAAAACACCCCUUUCUGUCUCACUUUGUCUGAUAUCAGCAAAGUUUAUUGUAUGUGUAGAAGCCCUAUAAAGGGUUAAAUGUUAAAGGGUUUAUAAAACACCCCUUUUUGUCUCACUUUGUCUGAUAUCAGCAAAGUUUAUUGUAUGUGCAGAAGCCCUAUAAAGGGUUUAUAAAAUACCCCUUCCUGUCUCAUUGGAGACUCAUGGCUGAUAUCGGCAUAUCUAAUGGCUAGUGUAGGAACUCACCUAUUGAGGCUUGCCUUGACGUGGCAGGUGAGCUUACAUAUUCAAAUGGCCAUUAGAAUAAAACCAAAGAGCCUCCAUUUCUGUUUAAACGCACAUGGGGAUUUAGGCCAGAGCGCAGGUAACGUUUUCUUUGUUUUUACUAUGUAUUUUAAGAUGUUGAUAAUAAACCUGAUUUUCAAUAUGGAUUUACUCAUUUUGAUUACAACUGUCCAUUUUUGCCAUAUUAAAGUAUAGUUGGACACAUAAAGAAGAAACAUCACAGAAAUAAUAUACACACAUGUGACAUGACACAAAACAGACACAUAGAACUGGGAUCUGUAUUGUCUUUUAGUCUUCCUUGUUAAACUUAUAUAUUUUAAUAUUCUCUUAUUCUUUAGAUUAAGUUAAAGGGACACUCCAGGCACCCAGACCACUUCUGCCUAUUGGAGUGGUCUGGUUGCCAACUCCCAAUACCCUUAACCCUGCAACUGUAAUUAUUGCAGUUUUUUUUUAUAAACUGCAAUAAUUACCUUGCAGGGUUAACUCCACCUCUAGUGGCUGUCUACUAGAGGGCACUUCCUGGAUCAUAGCACAGGAAACAUGUGCUAGAGCGUCGCUGGACGUCCUCACGCUGUGUGAGGACCUCUAGCGUUGCUUAUUUCCCCAUAGGAAAGCAUUGAAAAGCAUUUUCAAUGCUUUCCUAUAGGGAGCUCUAAUGCGCAUGCGCGGCAUUGCCGCGCAUGCGCAUUAGGUCUCCCCGGCAGGUGGGCAGGAUCAGUCUCUCCCACCGGCCGAUGUAAUACAGAGGAGGAGUGGCGGCGAAGGAAGAAGCCUCUGGUAAGUUACUGAAGGGGUUUUCACCCCUUCAGCAACCGGGGAUUGGGGGGUGGGAGGGAGAGGGGACCUGCAGUGCCAGGAAAACAGAUUGUUUUCCUGGCACUGGAGUUUCCAUUUGAGCAGUGUUUGGUUGUAUUUUUUAUUUUUAAAUAUCUUGAAGGAAUUGAAUUGAGAGGGGAGAACUAGAAACUCUAUGGUUUCUUUAACAAAACGACAUUUGUAAAAUUUUAACUAUUAAAAUGUCUGUCUUCUCAGGUGGGAUGAUGACGUUGUAUUUAAGAACUGUGCCAAAGGCGUUGAUGAAAUGAAAAAGGACAAGCGCUUUGUAAAUGACACCCUACGCUCUGAAUUCCACAAGAAAUUCAUGGAAAAAUAUAUCAAGUAGUACAGUUUUAUGUGCUCCGGCCAUACAAGUACAACAUUUUUAACAUCUAUGGACGUAUGAUGGCGUGCUAAUGACUUCUGCAUUCUUCAGCGAUAAAUUCAUUCUUUUGGCGUUUGCUGACAUAUAUUUCGUAGCUGGAUUCUUUUUUUUAUUCUUAUUUUUUUUUUCAAGUCAUAUGUGAAUAAAAAUAACUUUUUUUUUGGUCUUUGCGUCAUUUGGUUUUGGUCUGUUCUUCUCCCCUCCCUCCACAUUGUUACGUUUUUGUCAUGUUUGGAUUGGUGCUAACUGUUUCCCCUUGAAGGAUUAUUAAAUGUAAAUACAUUCAUAUCAGACUAAGGAUUAUUGUUUUAGGUAUUAUCUUCUAAAUAAAAAUAUUCGCUCUUUAAUUG